AAAAAAAGCUACGCAAAAUAUAAUUUAUAUUUCGAAAAUGUCAAGACAACCACCUUAUAAUAACAGUACAGAUGACCAAUUUAAUUCUGAAAUUGAAGCUAUUGAAAAUGCAAUGAACUCAAUGAUGCAAGGGGCCUUUUCCAUGAUGUUUAAACAAUUCAUGGGGCCAAAUAAUAACAUUAUGGGUGACAUAUUUUCUGGGGCAUUUGGCAAUGAUGAAACAACAACAACAACAACUACUACAACAACAGUUUUAGACGGUCAAAAUCUUGAUACUAUUUUAUUCGAAAAAGUGAAUAAUAAUAACGAUAUGUAUGGAGGAAGUGAUUUUAAACGUUUAGCAAAUAAGUCAAAACAAAAUAGAACAGAGGAAAUAUCAAAAGAUGAACAGACAGUCCUAUUAAAGGAUGAUAUGCUACCAAUAAAAAGAAUACGUCAGUUAUCCUCAAAUGAGGAGGAUGUCAAUACAAAUCGUGUAAAUACUAUAUUUGACCUCCUUUUUCAAACACCUUCCACCUUAUUUAGCCGACUGCCAUCAUCAUUCAGCAACAGCAAUGAAAAUGAUAAAGAGAGUAACUGGUCAUACAGUUCUACCUCAACAAGGACUAUUUAUAAGCCAGAUGGCACUGAAGAAACUAUUAUAACCAAAAAAUCAAAUGGUAUAACUGAAACUACUAGACAAAUAAGAUAUCCUAAUGGUCACAAAGAAGAAGAGACAAAAACUGAGCAAAAAGGGUCUCUUUGGAAUAAAUUUUCUGCUUAUAAAUUUUGGUGAGAAGGCUAAACCAUUUAAUUGUUUUACCUUAGUCUUCUCAAAACUUAUAUUAAGUAAGCAUCAUUACUAAAUUUAGUAUUUACCUGUAAGCGGAGAUUACGCUUUAGCACUAUUUAUGCGAUUAUUAUCACCGAAAUAAAAAUUUGCUUUUUUUUUUUCAUAAUA